GUCGUGGCCAUCCAGCGUGCCUUCCGCUCCAAACACACCCUGACCUCCACCAAGAAGCUGUCGCUCGAGCGAGCUGCCAUCAAAGUCCAGGCUGCCUUCCGCGGGUUCAGGGUCAGAAAAGAGAAGGAAAUCGCCAUCAAGGAUGCCAACAUGCUCAAGGCUUGCCAGGAGCUGCGCCAUCGGGCCGACUUGAUCGAGCAGCUGGGACAUGUGAGUUGCUCUCUUCUACAUCGAACCAGAGUCCGUGUGUGACUCUCAUGCCUCGACACUUGGACAUCGUUGCAGCGAGAUCUGCCCUCAUUGCAGCGAGAUCUGCUAUCGCUGCAGCGGCAUCGGCGUCUAUUGACUUGUAUGUUGCAUACGUAUCAAAACGACAGCACGUCUCCGGGCUGAAGCUCCAGCUGGACGAACUGUCGGCUUCCUACGAGACACAACUUGCCUCGAAGCAGCAGCAGAUCGAGUACAUGGACAAGGAUCUUCAUCUGGCGCAGCGCGCCGUGAAAGAGCUCCACCAUCAACUCAACCUGGGCGCCUACGGCCGCCCGGAGCGUGUGCUGUUUUCCAAGGAAAACGUUGGGUUUUUGCAGCGCCAGAACCAAGCUCUACAAGGGCAGGUCAGCGAACUGCGCCAGCACAUCACCGAGCUGCAUGCUGCCCAGGAAGCACACAUUGCCACCAUCGCCAAGAAAGACUGCGAGAUCAACGAUCUACGUAUGCAGCUCAAGAAUAUCCAGAUGCUCCUCGGGUCCAAGCGCAACAGCAGCUCGCCGGUCGAGCGGGACUAUACCUUUGACAAGCUCUCUCCCCAAGGGGCCUCGUCACUCGAUCGUGUUGUGCCAUCGUUUCCCUCGGACAAAGACUUGUAUGCUUUUACUCCUUGUGGAGAGGACCUGAAGAGCUACGCUCCGCUCUCUGGACGCCCGUCUCUAAAGUCCAUCUGGAGCCCAGCCGAACAGGUGCCGCCGUUCCUGAUGCUUCCUCCCGAGCCGGCUGGCCUGCAGCGAUGCGACUCUCCAGUCAGCUCGAACAGCACCAGUGUGCCUGAUCUCGGCGCCACCAGGGGGAAGAGAAACCACAUCAAAUCAAUCUGGAGCCAGUCCGAGGGCUACGAAUGCAGCGGCGAAGUGCAAGCCAUGGAGCACAUUCAGCCCCGGGAGAUGCACAUAUCCGCCCUCAAAAGGGCGGGGCCCGCCGAUCCGCUUGUCGAGUCAAACGAGUCUCUACUUCUCCAGGCACAGAUAUUUGCGCUUGAGAGCAGCUCUGCAUCUCAUCUCCAGUCGAUGGUCGACAAGAUCCUCAAGACAAACGACCAACUAGCCUCGCUCGUUCUCCAGCAAAAGCUCAAGACCGCCAGCGUCGAUGACCGAAACAUGAUCUUUGAUGCUGUACGCGAGCACAGCUUGCCUCUGAUGAAGAAUCGCUUCGGCAAUUUUCUGAUGCAGCGGUGCCUCGAGUUUGGAACGAGAGAGCACAUCAAAGUGCUUGGGCUUAUGAUGAAGGGCAACGUCUACUCCCUGGCGUGCGAUCGGUUUGGUUGCCACGUUGUCCAAAAGGCACUCGAUACUGUCGACGAAGAUCUUCGCUCAGCGCUGGUUUCGGAGCUCUUCUGGGUGAUCUCCGAGACCAUCACCCACCGAUUUGCCUGCCAUGUGUGGCAGCGCGUCUUUGAGAUCAAGUGGAGAUCGGACGGGUCGUCGGUGAUUCAGUACGUGCACUCUAUCCUGAAGGGGCAGUGGAAGAGCAUCGCCAAUGAUGAGAACGGAAGCCUCGUCGUCCAAUGCAUUUUCGAAAACUGCACUGACCGAGAGAAGGCACCGCUGCUCUCGGAGAUCCUCGCGCACACCCUCGAGAUCUCCAAAGGCCAAUGGGGGAACUGGGUUAUCCAGCACAUCCUGGAGCACGGAGGCCCACAAGACAAGGUCUUGAUCCUCAAGGUGGUUGCAGCAAACAUUUACAGCAUGAGCAUCGACCAAUACGCCAGCAAGGUGGUUGAGAAAGCACUCAAGACUGCAUCCAAGCACGAGCUGUUUGAAAUGAUCGACAGCGUUAUCUCUCCCUUGGCCCGGGACAAUGGGUAGGUUUGAUCCUCGUCGGAGGCCCAGACGAUACCGCGACACUCGCAUGAGCAAGUGACCAGCGCUCCAUCGGAGCA